AUGCUAAAGGCGUUAUCGUCGUCAUCAUGCUCAUCAUCAGAUGCUGAGGAGGAAGUAAGAAACGAGAAGUCAGAUUCCUCAACGGCCAGCAGUGUUCCCGUUAAGAUUUUGAGUAAUGAGGAGAAGAACAAGUUGUCGGCCAGCAUAUUGAAAGCUGAACUACUAGGAAACAUGGAAUUAGCAUCAGAGUUGAAAAAGCGUUUAGAUGCUUCAAAUAAAUUAUCUAUUGCUUCCCAAUCACCUGGUUCUAAAGAAAGAAAGAAAAAUGUGGGCAGAGAUGAAGAUGAAGAUGAAAUAUUGAUGAUGAGAGACAUGAAGGGUAACGUCAGACCUUACCCAGAGCAAAAGCAUCAUGCAGAAAUUGAUGGUGGGAGAAGGAGGAAGAAGCAUAAGGUGGAAACUCACAAAGAUGGAGUGAGAGUGAAAUAUUUUGAAGAUGAUGACAGGCAUACAAUGAAAUCAUUGUAUGAACAAGAAAAAUUGAGAAGGGACUGGGAUGGUGAUGCUGCUAUGUUCAACAAACUGGCUAGCAAGGCCAUGCAACAACUUGAUGAUGACGAAUACGCCAUAGAUGAUGAACUGUUGGCGAAGGAAUCGAGAAAGAAAUCUGAUUUGUUCAUAGAAUCAAAGCAAAAACAGAGGGCAAUCAUUGAUCAAAAGAAAAUGGCGCAAAAGAUUGAGAGUUGCCAGUCAUGUUUUAACAACACUGAAAAACACCUCAUUGUAUCCAUUGGCAGCAAGGUGUACCUCAGUUUGCCACGUUCCAAAUCAAUGGUUGAUGGUCACUGCCUUAUUGUUCCCAUGCAACACACUUGCCAGUCCAACAGCUGUGACGAAGAUGUCUAUCAAGAAAUAAUGGCUUACAAAAAAAGUUUAGUUGCUAUGUUCAAAGAAAAUGAUGAGGAUAUUGUCUUCAUGGAAACAUGUAAGAACCUCCCAUCUUACCCACACUUGACGAUUGAAUGCAUACCAUUGCCUCGAGAGGAAGGUGACAUGGCUCCCAUUUACUUCAAAAAAGCGUUAAUGGAAUGUGAUUCAGAAUGGAGUCAAAACAAGAAACUAAUUGAAAUCAAAAAUAAAACCAUCAGACAAUCGGUUCCCACGGGAUUUCCGUACUUUCAUGUUGCUUUUGGGCUAGACGAAGGUUAUGCUCACGUUAUUGAGGAUGAAAACAAGUUUCCUCAAUAUUUUGGAAGGGAAGUGGUUGGCGGCAUGCUGGACAUCGAUGCUACUUUAUGGAGAAAGCCAAGAAUUGAAAAGAUUGAAGAACAGAUUAUUAAAGUCACGAAUUUUGCCAAAAGAUGGAAACCGCAUGACUUUUCAUUACCGAAAUCUAAAUAA